UUGUGUGUCAAAAUACGCUUUUGGGCAGGGAUCUAUCCCAUUGUCAGAUUAUUUCUUCACUAUAUCUUGCUACCUUUUCCUUUCUCGAUAGGUAGAAGGAAGACCACCCCAAUCUUGAUCCUAACACAAGGGAAUGAAGGUCAAUCUUAUCUUUCUUUGAAGUCAGUUUCGAGCGAGAGAAACUUCCACAGCAAUUCAGAGAAAGUUCUAUCACUCUGCCUUGGGGUUUUUUUUGGAGAGAGAGACUCAAAACCAGUGGAAGCGUUUCUAUAUGAGCUCAGAUAUACUAUUUGUUCUCUCAUUGAUUGUUCCCUGAUACAUUAUUGAUAUCUUGGCAAUCACAUUGUCCUACAUUGGGAGUGUAAUGUAUCGAGAUGUCAAAAAAUGUGUUGGCGGCUUCUCAUAUAAAUGGAAGGGCAACCAAUUAGACAAGAAGUUCGAGACCAUCUUGACUCUUCGACCAAUGCCACCUCCACCCCGCACCCAGCUACCAAAUGUGUACUGUAAUUUUGCAAAUGAAGCAGGGCAGAGGUGCCGUAAGAAAGAAACAAUAUUCAUAACCAAAUAUUUGACUCAAAAGCAUGUUCAUGUUGGAUUCUAACUAUUAUAGAAGUUCAAAUCCAAUAUUAUUUUUACACAAUGCAGUAUUGGAUGGUGAUUAAUGUAAGCGGUAAGCCUAUUUUUAGCAUUUUCCUAUAAAUGAUCAAUGUUAAGACUAUUUUUAGUAUGUUCUCAUAAUGUUCCAUGGAGAAAAACUUGCCUAAAUCCAAGCAGAGAGCAGAAAAUUUGUGUCUGAAAUUUGUUAGAGCCAUCCAAAUCCGCAAUAGUUUGGUUGUCUCUCCAUAUAACACCCUCAUUUUUUCCAGCAGAUGAUGACUAUAAGCAGCCUUGGGUUGUCCAAGGGGGUUAAUCAUUGCUAACCCUUCCAAAAUGAAAGUCUUCGGCUGCUUUCUCUUCGUUUCCCUUUUAUUUUUCUCGUCCUUUUCUGCGGCUUUAACCGAUGCUGAGGCGGCUUAUAUUUCCCGUCGUCAGUUUUUGCAUCACCACGAUGAUGAUAGCCUUCAUAUUGAAUUCAAAUACGAGAUUGAUGCUCGUUUAACAUUUGCCAAUCCAAGGCUCAAGAAAGCCUACAUUGCACUACAGGCGUGGAAGAAAGCUAUUUAUUCGGAUCCACAGAACUUUACUGCUAAUUGGGAGGGUCCUAAUGUGUGUGCCUACAAUGGUGUGUUCUGCGCACAAGCGCUCAAUGAUCCCAAACAGACUGUUGUUGCUGGGGUCGACUUGAACCGUGCUGACAUUGCAGGACACCUACCCGUUGAGAUUGGGCAUUUGGCGGACAUUAGCCUUCUCCAUCUUAAUUCGAAUAGGUUUUGUGGGAUCAUUCCGAAAAGCAUCUUGAAGCUGAGCCUUCUCUUUGAACUCGAUGUUAGCAACAAUCGUUUUGUUGGACCUUUCCCCGAGGUUGUCUUGGAGUUACCAUCGCUAAAAUACCUUGAUCUUAGGUACAAUGAUUUCGAAGGACCAUUGCCUCCCCAACUCUUCAAUAAGGACCUCGACGCGCUCUUCUUGAACGACAACCGGUUCCACUCCAUCAUCCCCGAAAAUUUAGGCAAUUCCACAGUUUCAGUGCUGGUUUUGUCGAACAACAAAUUUCACGGUUGUAUUCCAAAGAGCAUUGGCAAUAUGGCAAACACAUUGGAUGAACUACUUUUGUCAAACAAUGAACUCUCGGGUUGUUUGCCUGAAGAAACUACACUCUUGAAGAGCGCCACAGUUUUCGACAUUAGCAAUAACAAGUUCGUUGGAGACCUACCAGUAGGCCUCGAAUACUUGCAGAGGGUGGAAGCUUUCGAUGCUGGACACAACUUGUUGAGAGGAAAGGUCCCGGAAAGUCUUUGCAGCCUACCAAAUUUGCAAAAUCUGACAUUUUCUAACAACUUUUUUGAGGCUAGAGAUGAUGUUUGUGAACCUAAAGCAAUUCAAGGCCUUGUGGUAGAUGAUACAAACAAUUGUUUUGCUAAUUUUCCUCACCAGAGAUCGGCUAAGGUUUGUUGGUCUGCAUUGAAGAAGCCAGUGGAUUGCAGCAAAGAAGGAUGCAGGAGUUCGCCACCGGAAUCUGGUCCAAAGGAGCCGCCCAAACAAACUCCUGUAAAACCAAACCCCAAGCCUUUGUCUCCACCACGGCCGAGGCUAACACCACCACCUAAGGCUGUGCCAGUUCCAUCUCCUCCAUCACCAAAACCAUCUCCCACAACCCCAUCGACGCCAAAACCACAACCACCAAAGCCUAAACCUACACCAGCGCCGAAGGCCAACUCACCUAAGGUUCCUCCCUUAGCAGCACCAAAGCCGAGUCCUAUGCCAGAACCGCAACAAGUUCCAAUUCCCACUGCACCAAUCCCUCCAUCGGCAAAGACUCCACAGCCACCAAGGGCUUUUGCUCCACCUCCAAAUAUUAAACCACCAGUCUCAUCCCCUCCCCUAGAUCAUUCAUCACCACCACCAGUUUCGUCCCCACCACCAAAGCGCUCACUUCCGCCACCAAUUUUCUCUUCACCACCACCUAUCCAGUCACCUCCCCCACCACCGAAGCACUCGCCGCCACCACCGGUUUCUUCACCACCACCUCCAGUCCAGUCACCACCUCCUCCAGCAUUCUCCCCACCACCACCACCUAUCCAGUCACCUUCCCCACCACCAAAGCGCUCGCCGCCACCACCGAUUUUUUUACCACCACCUCCAGUCCACCCACCACCACCACCUAUCCAGUCACCUUCCCCACCACCAAAGCGCUCGCCGCCACCACCGAUUUUUUUACCACCACCUCCAGUCCAGUCAACACCACCCGUUCACUCACCUCCCCCACCACCCAAGAGCUCACCACCACCUCCAGUUUCCUCCCCACCACCACCCGUUCACUCACCUCCCCUACCACCCAAGAGCUCACCACCACCUCCAGUUUCCUCCCCACCACCGCCCGUUCACUCACCUUCCCCACCACCUAAGAGCUCACCACUACCUCCAGUAUUCUCCCCACCACCACCCGUCCACUCACCUCCACCACCACCCAAGAGCUCGCCACCACCACCCGUUCACUCACCUCCCCCACCGCCCAAGAGCUCACCACCACCUCCAGGUUUCUCCCCACCACCACCCGUCCACUCACCUCCCCCACUACCCAAGAGCUCACCACCACCUCCAAUUGUUUCCCCACCACCACCUGCCCAAUCACCUCCUCAACCACGCAAGAGCUCGCCCCCACCUCCAGUUUUCUCCCCACCACCUCCAGUCCACUCACCGCCACCACCACUAGCAUCUUCUCCUCCACCACCCAUUUUCCCAUCCCCACCUCCACCGGCACCCAAACUACUCUCUCCUCCACCUCCAGUAUCCUCUCCUCCACCACCUUCGGCCGACGACUUCAUCCUCCCGCCAAACUUGGGCUUCCAAUAUGCAUCACCACCACCGCCAUUUUUCCCGGGUUACUAAGUACGGUAUCAUUAUCUUUUUGGUAUUUUUUUGUCUUCCACAACAAAUCUUAAAACUACCAAAAAAACAACAUUUAAGAUUAGUCAAAUGUACAAACCCAGUCCGUAAAGUUUGC